AUGAAGAAGGCUCAAGAGAUUAAUUGGUCUAAAUACCAGAUUGAUAUCGAGGGUGUGAUGACAUUAUCUUCGCUUUCCAUGAAAAUCUUUCGUCAGAAUUCUUUGAAUGAUCAAACCUUUCACAUCCAUAUACCUACUAGAAACCAAGACACUUUUAUUAGGCGUGGGUAUUAUGUUGAUGUAUAUAAGCCCUAUGGUGAGAAUCUUUACUACUAUGAUGUGAACUCUUUAUAUCCUUUUAUUAUGAAAUCCUAUCCGAUGCCACUUUUAAGAAGAAAUUGGUGGAAAAAAUCAAUACAACCAAAUAGAGAACUAAUAAUAUAA